AUGUCGCCAGUGACUCAGGCAAUAAUUAUCGGCGGAGGCCCUGCUGGUCUCGCGGCAGCUUUGAACCUAAAAAGAACGAAUGGCAUUGACUGCAGAAUCUACGAGAUUCGGGACAAACCGACCACGAUCGGAGGUGCUGUAAACAUUCCUCCGAAUGGUAUCCGCCUCUUCGAUCAACUUGGGCUCCUCAACGCGAUGAAUGCCCGAGCAUCCUCGUCAUCAUCUCUGAUCAAAUUACAUCAAGGUGACUCUAUCAUCGCUGAAAAGAAUGCUGGCGAGGUCAGUAAAGGGGCAACAGGAUAUGGUUUUUGGAGGAUAGUGCGAACGGACAUGCUGGAGGUGCUUUUGUCGGCUAUUGAGCAAGAAGACAUUCCCAUCAUGUAUGGGAAGAAGAUCACCAAAGUGACUGAAACUGAAAAUAGCGUCGAAGUCCUCUUUUCCGAUGGAACUAGGGACUCGGCGGGCUUAUUGCUGGGUUGCGAUGGUAUUCAUUCCUCUGUUCGCCGACUACACGUUGACCCGAUGGUUGAACCGGUUUACUCCGGAAUAUCCAACAUUGGCACAAUUCUACCAAGCUCAAAGGUCGCUUUUCGUCUGGAUCCAGCCUUGCAUAUGACGUUCACUUCUGAUGGCCUCUUUGGCUUCACUCAAUGCAAUAACUCAGGCGACCGGCUGUAUUGGUUCUGUUCGAAGAAGGUUUCAAUCCCAGAAAAUGGCGAUAACAGGGAUGGCUGGGAGGCCUUCGGAAAAAACGUCAUCGAGGGUUUCAAAUCAGACACCCUCAAAGUCUUGAGCCCUGUGCAAGGGCAGUGGGGAGAUCAAUUAAGGGAAACCGUGAAGGCCACGGAGUCAAUUAGUUUUUUCCCCAUCUUCAAACUUCCACCAACAUCCAAGUGGUCAACAAAGCGUUGUUUGCUUCUAGGGGAUGCCGCUCACGCGAUGCAGCCUCAUGUUGGCCAAGGAACUUCAAUGGCGCUAGAGGAUGCCUUCAUGUUGUCUCGGCUUCUCGAAGCCUACAAUGAAACCAAGGAGUUAUCCGACAUCUUUAAGGUCUAUGAAGAGAAGAGACGCCCUCGAGUGGAAGCUCUAUCCCAAGCGGCCGCUGCCAGUGGAAAUGUGAGAAGCAAAGAAAACCCCAAUGCGCCUCAGUCGCGUGAAGAGGUUUUAAUGGCUCAGUGGCGAGAUGGAACAAGAUUGCAAGACUCGUUCUACAACAUCCUAGAGGAGCCUAUCUAG